GCAUUGAAAUGCGAGUUACUGUCGAGACUUGUAUUGAUGAAAUUAUCAAUGUCGAUGUUUUCAAGCUUCUGUCCUCAGCUUCCGUGUCACUUUAGAGCAAUACCCACUUCUUCUUCUUCGCUCACAAAACCAUGUUUCAGAGCUUUCUCCACCACUACAGUUAGAGCUGAUGCUGAUGGAUCAUCAUCAUCAUCCACCCGUGUUGGCUUUCUGGGUUUGGGAAUUAUGGGUACUCCAAUGGCACACAAUCUCAUUAAAGCUGGAUGUGAUGUGACUGUUUGGAAUAGGACCAAGAGCAAAUGUGAUACUCUCAUCAGCUUAGGUGCAAAAUAUAAGCCUUCUCCUAAAGAAGUAGCUGAUGCCUGUGAUGUCACAUUUGCCAUGCUUGCUGAUCCUGAAAGCGCAGUGGAAGUUGCGUGUGGGAAGCAUGGAGCAGCAAGCGGCAUGGUCCCAGGGAAAGGGUAUGUGGAUAUUUCAACUGUUGAUGGAGGUACUUCUAAAUUGAUUAGCGGACACAUCAAAGAUACUGGGGCAUUGUUUUUGGAGGCUCCUGUCUCUGGCUCUAAGAAACCAGCAGAAGAUGGGCAGCUAAUAUUUCUUACUGCAGGUGACAAAUCUCUGUACGAAACAGCGGCUCCAUUCUUAGACAUUAUGGGGAAGUCAAGAUUUUACCUUGGGGAUGUCGGAAAUGGGGCUGCAAUGAAACUUGUUGUCAACAUGAUCAUGGGAAGUAUGAUGGCCACCUUUUCUGAAGGAAUUCUUCUUGGUGAGAAAGUCGGACUAGACCCAAACACAAUAGUUGAGGUAGUGUCACAGGGUGCUAUAAGUGCACCAAUGUACUCUAUGAAAGGUCCGUCUAUGAUCAAAUCUCUCUACCCUACCGCGUUCCCCUUAAAGCAUCAACAAAAGGAUUUGAGACUUGCUCUGGGAUUAGCAGAAUCUGUUUCGCAACCAACCCCAAUCGCUGCUGCUGCAAAUGAACUAUACAAGGUAGCUAAAAGUCAUGGCCUGAGUGACAGUGAUUUUUCUGCAGUCAUUGAAGCAUUGAGAGUCAAAUUGCAGUCAUGAGCUGAACAGAAAUGACACCAAAAGUCUUAAACAGACUAAAUCUCUAGUAAUGGUGUAUUUGGUUCGAAUGAAUUUUACGAGAUUUUGUGAAAUCUAUUGCUAAAUGAAUAUAGCUGAGUUUUAUUUAUAUAGAAAUUUAUUUAGUCA